AAAAAAAAAAUGUAUACAAGUGUAUUGGUGCAUAAAAUUUUGCAGGAUAUGCAGUGAAAAAUUUGUCAGCAGGCUCCAGAAAAAUUAGUAGAAGAAAGUUGAAGUUCGAAAAACGCAACGACGGACGAGAAGAAGAACCGUUAAAGAUACAUUUCAGGGCAACUGUUGCAUUACCACUGCUAGCGACGGCCAAAAGUAGCCGCACCGCAGACAGUCUCUAGCAAAUCGCUCGCAAAUCUACAGCGCAAAACCAAAGCCAAUCGAGAAAGCAAGCAAACAGCAUGUCUUCGGUUACACAGCAUACGGGCAAUCAGCCGGUGGCGCAGCAAAAUGGUAAACAACAGCCAACGGCUGGUGGCGCUGUCACCGCCACCAACAAUAACACACAUGAAAAAGUGGGCGGCAAUAAUGGAGCAGCGGGCAAUGGUGCCGGCGGCGCAAACUCGAAUACGGAAUCCUCCCAACAAAGCCCCACCAAAAAGACAAGUCUAUCGACUAAGGAGCGCGUCAUUGACAGCGUCCCCUUUCCGCCGAGCCGCAAGCUAACAGCGGCCGAUGUAUUUGACGCACGCACUGGCAAGCCACAUCAUGACGUACUUAAGCAGCACUUCAUACUUGAGGGACGCAUCGAAGA